AUGAAGUACCUGACGCCCUUUGCACGUCCGCCUCCAGGUCGGCCAGACAGCGCACAGAGUCGCUCCACCGAGAGCGAUUAUCUUCUUUCUCCAAGUCCCACGUCUUCGAGGCAUCGAUAUUCUUCCGUGUCUACAAGGACGAAUGAUUCUAGCCCGACGAUUACUAGAACUGUCACCCCCAUCCCUCUUGAAUUCUCGGAGCUGCCGGAUCCCUUCGUCCCAAAAGACGAAUGGGCCGUCGUCAACGUCAGCGGACAGCGAUUCCACAUCAAUAUGGAUCACGUGAAGCUCCAUCACCCGACAACACUUCUCGGCUCCGCCGAUUUUGAGAAGAUCUACUGGGACCAACAACGAUCUGAAUAUUUCAUCGACCGCCAUCGUGGUACUUUUGAGGUGAUUUCUUCUUUCCUAAUGCGCGGGGGCAGUUUAAUCCGACCCGACAUCAUCCCCAUCGACAUCUUCUUGAGUGAGCUGACGUUUUACCGACUGUCGUAUUCGGCGAUUAAAGACUUUCUCGACAUAGAAGUGCCAUUUUUUGUCUCGCACUUUAACUACCUUUACAAUCUGGACCGGAUGGACUGUAAAUUGCGACCGGAAGAUUUCGUCUAUGAUCCCAAGAAAGAAUCCUCCGAACACGAAGGUCUACGUGCUUUUGAGUUGAAUCUGGCGGAAGCUGUGCGCCACUCAGUCUCAGGAUUCAACAAAGGUAACGCUAAUUCCCGCGAAGUUUUGGCUCCUUUACUUCCGUUUUCAAGAACAAACGACGAUGAAUGUGUCCCACCUUUGGAAUACGACCAGAAGGUGAUCAAAUCGAAUCCAAAUUAA